CUUGGAGUAGAUUGCUAAGCACAUUGCUUAGACUUUCGAACCAAGUAAAAUUCUUGUGUUGUUCUAGUGCAUUUCUGGUUUUGUUCUUGUUAGUUUGAUCUCAGUUUGGUUUGUUAUUGUCAUAACAGUUCCAUGAAAUAACGCAGCAAGAACUUAGCAGUGAGUACCCAUUGACCCAGGACCCCUCAAAAAAAAGAAAAAAAACCUUGGUCUUCCCCCUAUUCCAUACCGUAUAUUGUACCCCAUUAUUACACCAGAUAUAUAAAUAUUAUAUACAGCCUAAACUUAUCUAUAUACUAUCUCAAAUUAUUAGCUGAUCACCAGUGAUAUUUAUUCAUAGAUAGAGCACCAAAAUGGGGUUAUUACAUGGUAUAUUACUCCUGCAUUUGGCAGUGACCGCAGGGGUUAUGAUCAAUCUGCGCCGCGCAGAAGCACAAACCAUUAACGAGCACUGCCGCGGGCGCUGCGGAAACAUGGACAUUCCCUAUCCGUUUGGCAUUGGCGGCGGUUGCUACUUGAACAAGAAGUUCAACAUCACAUGUGACGAGUCCACAAACCCUCCGAAGGCAUAUCUAAGAAAAGGUAACAUCCAAGUUACUAAUAUAUCUAUCAGCGAUGGCGAACUUAUAGUGUUGCAGCUCAUAGCCAAAGACUGUUACGAUAAGAACGGUUUGCAAUAUCAAGACGACACGCUCACGGCAUCACUAGACUUGUCCAGCUUUACCAUUUCAUCAACCAAGAACAAGUUUACUGCCAUCGGUUGUGAUACUUACGCCAUUAUUCGAGGCUUCCGAGGCGAACAGAGGUACAGAACAGGUUGCUUAUCGUUGUGUGAUCGAGCUGGGGACAUUAACUAUGAGACUUGUUCUGGUGUGGGUUGUUGCCAAGUUAUGUCUAUACCUCCGAGACUAAACAAUUUCACGGUUAUUUUGCGUAGUUAUUCAAAUCAUACAAAGGUAUGGGAUUUUAAUCGAUGUAGCUUUGGUGUCUUAGCUGAAGAAUCUCAGUUCAAAUUCUCUAACAGGAGUUUCAAUGAAUUUGAGAAUAAAAAGUAUUUUCCUUUGGUUGUUGAUUGGUCAAUUGGUGAUUCGCCAUGUGAGAAGGCUAGAGAGUUUAAGAAUUCUAUUUGUCAUUUGGAAACAAGCGAGUGUGUAGAUUCUAACUCCAGCUCUGGCUACCUUUGCCGCUGCUUGCCAGGCUUCACAGGGAAUCCUUACCACCCAAAUGGUUGCCAAAGGUACCAUUAUUAG